AUGAGAACGUACGCUCUCCUAUGGCCCUUGGCCGCAUUCCUAGUGACCCGGACCUCCGGGUCGGCCAUUCCGAUGUGGGAAUUCCUCAGUCGAGGAGAAAAGAUGAGCCACUUAUUCAACAUGUUCGUGAAACAAGUAGCCGACUUUUGUGACUCAUCUUCUAUGCCAGACUGUAAUAAAGUAUUAUUGGUUUAUGGUUUAACCAACUUGGCGAAGAUGGGAGAUGAUAGCUUAGACAAAAUGGACCCCUAUCAAAGAGGAUCGAGAAUAAUGAUAUGGGAAUCUAUGAUGAAAGGAGGUUUCUAUACUUCUCAAACAACCAACAAAUCGGAAGAAGAGCUCAAUGACCCAUUAGAAACAAGUGGUGGAAACGAUUUGGGUUCCGCGUCGAAUAACGUCGAAGAAAUAGCUACUCCACCAGGUGGUUAUAUCAUCGGACCAAUGGUUGUGAGAGUAAUGCCUGAUGGUCGGCCAGUACCCGGUGACUCUCAGAGGCCUCUGCCCAAAGACGAAGACGCAGAAGAAUUCAUAGCCAUGCGAUCCAAACCUAUGCCUUCUAUGGUCGACAUGUUGGUCAACGGAAACAACAAACACAAAAUAGGAAUGCUGUGAGACCAUUUAGGUAUACGCUUAAACCAAUAAACUGAUACUUCCAAUAAUGCGUCCUCAGCUG